AUGUUGACAAGUACAGUCAUCCAUCAAAGUCGACGAAGUCUAUCGAAAAAUGCUUCAUCCGUGGCACGAAUAUUAGAAGGAUUUCGUGGCACAGUUGGAAAUACACCUCUGAUUCGAUUACCAAAGUUAAGCAAAGAGACAGGAUGUAAUAUUCUUGUAAAAGCUGAAUAUCUCAAUCCGGGUGGUUCAAUUAAAGAUCGUGCUGCUUUUUUCUUAAUUCAAGACGCACUCGAUAAAAAUUUAAUCAAAGAUGGUGCGACAAUUGUAGAAGGUACAGCUGGAAACACGGGAAUUGGUUUAGCACAUAUAUGCAAUGCACUGGGUUUUAAAUGUGUGAUUUUCAUGCCAGACAAUCAAUCGAAGGAAAAGAUCGAUUUACUUCGAUUAUUAGGCGCAAAAGUGACUACAGUUCCUGUUGUAGCAUUCACAGACCCAAACAACUACAAUCAUCACGCGAAACGAUACGCAGACGAACGUGACAAUGCUUUAUGGACGAAUCAGUUUGAUAAUCGAGCAAACCGUCAAGGUCAUUAUGUUUCAACUGGGCCUGAAAUUUGGACACAAACUAACGGCAAAGUCGAUGCUGUUGUCAUGAGUACUGGCACUGGUGGAACAUUAGCUGGCAUUUCAAUGUACUUAAAGGAGAAAAAUAAGAAUAUUCGGACGGUUCUUGCUGAUCCGCCGGGUAGUGUUCUGUAUCAUUACAUAAAAUCUGGCAAACUCGAUCGAACAGAUGGAUCAUCGAUAACUGAAGGCUUGAAUAUACUUGGAAAAGACUUGAACCUGUAUGCGCCAAUUGAUGAAUCGUUAUUUAUCAGUGAUCAAGAUUCUGUCAAUAUGGUUUAUAAACUUCUUUGUGAAGAAGGUUUUUUCGUUGGUGCAUCAUCAGGCCUGAACGUCGCUGCUGCUGUUGAAUUAAGUAAAUCGAUGCCGAAAGGGUCGACUAUUGUUACAUGUAUUUGUGAUAACGGACAGAAAUACUACAAUCGUCUGUUCAACAAAGCCGAACUAUCCAAACGAGGUACGACAAGCAUUUCCAUCCAAUUUCAUGUCGAACAUUCCAUUCAUUUAGGUUUACUCGAGCGUAUACCAGCACCUUAUCAAAAGAUCAUUCCUUAA